AUGCGAACACCAGGACACCUGCAGUGUUUCCACUUACACCAGACCAAGGGCGCUGCUGGCCAAGGACAUAAAGGUUACCACGCCGCCACCACGAAAGAGCGCCGGCAAGUUUAUCUCGCAGCCUUCCGAGAGGCACCCGGUCCCGAGAGUUUGCAGCCUCCCGGCCAAAAGGCCAGACUAGUUUCCGGUGCCACCGAGCUGCAAAUCCCUACCCCAUCCCCGGGGAUCCAGUUUCCUCCCGCUAUUGGCUCCCCUCCCCCGUGCCAAGGACGGGCCGCCGCGGCGGACCUCCAGCCCCAGCAGCUGCUCGGGCCCCGCAGGCCGCAGUUGGCCGAGCGACCAAGGUCUCCCCGGCCCACAAACCUGACGGCGGAAGUGACGUCACAGGGCACGGCGCCGCCCGCAGCCAGUCACGCCACAGCAGGAGGCCAGCCCCGGCCAACCGGCGCGCGCCGGAGGGCGGGACUUCCGCCCGCCGCAAGUUUGAUUGAAGCGGGGGGGAGGGGCGAGGUGAGGAAUGUGAAGAAUGACCCCCUCCCCCGCCCGGUCGCCGAGGAGCUGGGCGGGAAGCGGAGGGGGCUGGGGCAGGCCAGCGGCCACGCGGCACCCCUCCCCCGCCCGCACCCCGCGCUCCGCAGCCUCGGCGCGCCGCCAGCGCCGGGGACAGCCGCCUGCCCGAGGCAGCCGGGCAGCCCACGGGUCCCCGGGUGCGGCGUGCCAGCCCCCAAGUCUUCCCUCCUGCCCGUCCGCCCGCCCGCUGCGGCCGCGAGUCGGAGGACGGGAAAAUGGCGACGGCCCCGCGCUCGCCCUCUCGCCCGCGGUACCCACCUCAGGCUCGCGGAGAAGGCCUCCUGCCGCCGCCGCGGGAACGGUCCGGCCUUUCCCCACCGCGGCCCUCCACCGCCGCGCCCGGACAGCAGCGCGCGAGAACCCGGAUGGAAGCGCGGGCGGGCGCCGCCUCGGCAGCCGGAGGGAAGGCUACGCGCGCGCCGGGAAUCCGAUGCGGGGGCGGGCGCCGCGGGCAGCGCGCGUGCCCAUUGGCAGAGCCUCUUGACGGACGUGCGCCUCGUCCUUUCGCCUCAGCCGGUCGGGACUCACCCGCGCCCCACUGGAGGGUGGCGGCUGAGCCCGCCCCGCACGGGGCGGCCGCCGCGGAGAAGGCGGGUCUAGCCCGCCCACCGUGACGGCUCCUCUUUCCCUACUGGAGAACCGGGAGAAUGGAGAGGACCGUCCUCUCGGUCCCGCCUUCCGCGAUGAGGGACAAGCCACAUCACGUGGCUGCUAGUCGCUCGCCCAGCAGCCUGGCGGGAGGUGCUGGAGCGCCCAGGGCGGUUUUCACGUGUUGGGUCCCCCAGAAUCUUCCCUCUCAGCGGCCCGGAAGCCGGGUGCUAAAGCUGCUCUGAGCCUCGGCUCACCCAUCUGUCACAUAAGGAGUUAUGUUACCUAUGAGUGUAACUUUUAUCGCUUUUAUUAUUUUUUCCAUCCCAUGUAUUGAUUUUUCUUGUACGAAAACUUUUAAAACAGCCCUUAGUUACCCUGUUUUUAAAUCAAUGCAAAAGUGUUUCUCCAUUCCUAUUAAA